UAAAGUUAUUUCAAUUCAAACAAAAUGGCAGCGCCCUGUGGUCCACCCGUGUUGUUGGACUAGCUAAUAAUGUGAACGGAGCACCAAUUUAAAAAGAAAAGAAAAAGGAAAGUAAUUUUGCUGUAUUAAAAAUCAGGUUUUCUUGUCUUAAUUUCAGAGGAGGUAUGGCCACUGCAGGAAAGCCAGGUAAAAAGGAAAUCAAAACGUAUAUUCCAGUCAAGACCUCCUUCACUUCACCAUUCAGUCCAAAAUGGGGCCAACUUCCUCAAGAAGACAUGCAUUUCAUCCUGAAAACCCUGAAGGACAAGCUGGGUUCCACGGGUCUUGAGAAAAAAGAGGUGAAAGUGUUUCGCCCGUGGAGGAAAAAGAAUGACCAGAAACCUUCUGCCACAUCAGAAGUUGUUCCCCAGGUGAGCCAGGAUGGGCAGGAUUCUCCCAAAAACGGCUGGACAGAUGUGGCAACUAGGAGACAACUGGCCAUUGGCAUCAAUGAGGUCACCAAAGCUCUGGAGAGGAACGAGCUCAGAUUGGUGCUUGUGUGCAAGUCUGUCAAGCCGAAACACAUGACGGAUCACCUGAUAGCGCUGAGCGCAACCAGAGGUGUGCCAGCUUGCCAGGUGCCUCGUCUGAGCCAGAGUGUGUCGGAGCCGCUGGGGCUGAAAAGUGUCCUCGCUCUGGGAUUCAGACAGUGUGCCUCCAAAGAUGACGAGGUGUUCGCUGACACAGUUGAUGCCAUUACACCCAGAGUGCCCCCACUGGAUGUUGCAUGGCUACAAGGUGCAGCACCCAGAGUAACACCCAAAGACCCCGUUGACAUGGAAGAGGAGGAGGAAGUUGGUGAGAAGAAGGGCCAGAAAAUAAAACUUGAGAGUGAAUCUGAGGUUGUCACAGAAUCUGCCUCUUCCUGCACUCUGCAGCCUCUCAAAGUGAAAAAAAUAGUUGCUAACCCUGCAAAGAAAAGAAAAAAGGUUAAGUCAUAGCCAGUCAAAUGAAACAGAGACUCUGCCUAGAUCUUAAAAGGACCAUUCUUAUGUUUUUGCAUGUUUUAGCCCACUGGUUUCCCAUGAUUUUUUUGGGGCUUUUGACAACCUAAAAAGAGUCUGCUUAUGAUCUUUUGUCACAUGUUAUUGCCUCAGUGUGGACAUGAGGGUAUAUUUUUUUUUCUUCUCAGGUUGAUCACUUUAAGGAUUUACAGGCCUAAAGAGUUGAAAAUAAAUUGUAUUUCACCUCCUGACCGUCAAGUUUGGAUCCACUGUUUUAGCUCAUUCACAUAAACUUAGCAUAUCACAGUUUUUAGUUUUGUUUGCAUUUUUUCUUGCUUUAGAUAGAUAGGUACGUAUUUCAUUAGAGUGAACUAGAGCUGAAACACCUAAUCAAAUCGAUUCUCUGGUUUAAGCUUCUUCAAUGUGAGGAUCUCCUGCUUUUAUUUUGAAAGUGUAUUGCAUAUCACCUUAGGUUUAUUACACAAAUUCUAUUAUUUCAUUGACAAAACUAUCAAGAAGGUAAUGGGCAGAAUAUAAUUGUUAAUUGCAGCCCUACAUUUAACACCAUGUCAACUUUCAUUUUUGUCAGUUAUGUUAGUAUUGCAUGGUAAAGCAGUUGACUGGCUUUCAAAGUCAAACGCAUUAAAACAGAAAAAUAUGAAUUUGAUUCUUUUAAAAAUAGAAGCAGACAUCAUUUGUUGGAAUGGGCCACCUUUGUAAAGCAAGUAAGUCUGUUCUAAUACUCCAUUAAAAUGAAUGGAAACCAGUAGCUGUAGUAGGAAAAACUCCAAUCGUAUGGUUUUGAGGAUGGCUUGCAUGACUUAGAAUAACUUGGUUAAAAAUGUCAAGGACCCUGGUAUGAUCCUUUAAAUUGACUUAAUUUUAGUGAGAUUUCAUUGGCCAGAAACAGGAAUAAAAUGGAACCUUUAAAUUGAUGUUUUGGCGCUUCUAAAUUAAACCUACUCAACUGUGUGUGAGUUGAUAUAUUUUUCAUGUUCUUCGGUAAAUAGGACAAUAUAACAAACAUCUCAGAGCCCAACCUGUUAACGUUUUUGGGCUGAGUCCAUCUAACAGUUCUCACAGUUAAAACUGAAUAUACAUAAAGAAAAACUACUUUGUAUUUCCGUUGCCCGUCAUGUUAAAAAGAAGUGCAUUACUCAUGUCCCUUUUUAAAGUGAGUUUAUUCAAUCAAAUAUCCAUGCUGGUAUAGCCGAUGUGUGUGUUGAAACAGAUUAUUUGCAUGGGGGUCAUGUCUAAAUGAUGCUGGUACAAGUUCCUCAGCCUUUUCACAGCUUCACAAUGGAUUUGAUUAAAAAUAUUGUUCUUCGGUUAGAGAAAGCUGUACGUCGUUUCAAAAGUACACCCUACCCACCCCAAAAUCUUAAUUAAAAAAAAAAAGAUCUUUUAAAUAAGGCAGGUACUUCAUGUUGAGUUCUCACUAAAGGGUGUGGCUAGUAACAUCACGGCUAAAAAUCAUCACAGCAGCAAAACUGACAUGCUCAAAGUUCAUUCAGCUGCAGGCAACACAUCUGACACAACCAACAUCCAUGAGGCACACCGACUCAAUAACCCAGUGUCUGUGUUAAAUUAAUGCCUGUAACAUUGGUAUAUGUCAAUGUAACUUGUUUAACCUCCAAAUGGUAAAAAAAAAAAAAAGUUAAGCCCUGAAACACUGACUGUCCAUUAGUUGUCCUUUUCUUGCUAAUAUAUAAAGGGAUAAGAAGAAAAUGAUAUCACAUACAGAAAAAUUAACAACAAAAAUGACAGCAGCCUUUACCUCUUAAGUUAUGCAGAGCCACAUGAACAGGAGCAUCAUACACAAAGUAACAAACUCAGAGCAAGAAAGACAAUUUGAAAACAUGUUUAACCUUUGAGUACACCAGCAGCUCCUCCACAGAACAAGUGGUCUGACAAGAUAUUCAUCGCUCAGUUGAACACAGGAAAAUGCCAAAUACUCCAAACCCUCAAAAAUGUGUUUUGAAGUUGCCAAUUUGACUGGAAAGUUUGAGGAAAUACUAGAAAGAAAAAGAACAGGAAUGAUGUCUUAAGACAUUUUGCAAAGUACAAUUAUAAAUAUCAGAACUGUUUAGCUGCACGACACACUAAAAAAAAUGACCCACAGUAUAUUUUUCACACACACACAAAUACAGUACCAUUUCAAAAAAAAAAAAAAAAAAAUAAAUCCAGAGAAGUCAAUAAAAAUGGACCCC